CCCAGGGCCUCCGUAUAGGGCUGCAAAUGGCGGUGAGUCCCCCAGGGCAGCCCCAGCCCGCAGCUCGCUAAAGAUAGCCUUUCACUUCCUGGGGUAAAACCACCCCCAACCGUCUUCAUGCACCCAGAGUAGCUGAAGUCCCCAGCUCCGCCUCAGGGCCCCCAACCCUGUUAGCAGCUGUCCCCGGGUCGUGCGCGUGAUGCAUGGAAAGCGCUUUGGAAUGACACGAUCACUCCCGUUGAGUGGGCACCCAAGAAGCCAUCGGGAAUGUCGUGUCCGCCCAGUGCUCUUUCGGCACUUCCCAGCAGGGCCUUGCAGCCCUAGCCCAGAAAGGGGCCUUGCGAAGCUUUUCCUGCGCCUAGGCUUUUCUCCUUUCUGAGCUCUGGUUAUUCUCACUGCUCCAGGGCGGAGAUCAGGGGUUUGCCAGUGAUCUGCUGCACAGCGCUCUACGGCGUUAGGUUCAAUCCCCAUUAAAGAAAAGAGAAAAGGGUUAUCUAAGUUACAGUGAAGUGAAGACAUUCAGGAGCACUGGUGGGACAGAGGAAAGAGCAUUCUCACUGGUAGAGGAGUGGGGUGCUCAGAGAACUGUUCUUAAGCUGGGUCUUCUCAUGGUCACGUUGUUUAUUUGAUCCACAAUGGCUGGUUGCCUAAACCAGGAAGUGGGAGGAUCCAUCAGUGGGCAUUUUUUAGGAAUAAAGACAACCCAUAUGUCAAAGGAGGGAAUGCUUGCAAAUAACCCGAAACUGGAGAACACAAAUUCUCUUAAAAAUGUGAGUUUUUCAGUAGGUCAUGAAAGUGGCUUUAAUGUUAGCCGCCCUAUUUCAGUGAGAAUCCAUUUGGGACUUUUGCCGUUUUGAUCAUGUGUAAAUGGAGGAAAUGAAACGUUAUCACAAAUACAUAAAUGUAAGACUUAGGUUCUUUCCCUGGUUGCUACUGCGGGCGACGGCGAGAGAAUCCUAGGCCCGUAGCGUACCCAGAGAUUUCGGACCCGGAGCCGGGCCAGGCUGGUGGGCCACGCGGAGGCAGCACUGGAGUCGUAGGUCGAGCGCACCUGUGCACUCACGGGCCGCAGCCAGAUCCCCGCCCCAACCAAUUGGCCCUCCUUGAAGUUCGACCUCGAAAUUUUGCUUCCGGUUCCUUGCUUCCGGUUCUGCCUACUCCUUCCGGUCGCCAUGCGCCUUGGGGUAGAGGAGACGCUGGGAGCCCUCAACGCGGCCCUGGGGCCGGGCGGCCCAGUAUGGUUCAAGGAGACACGCGCCCGCCACCUGCGUGUCCGAGACUUCUUGGCACCGCGGCGCGCGCUGGAAGCGCGCUUCGGGGACGACCAGGUGCCCGAGCGCGUGGUUCACGCCAUCGUCGGCCUGCAGGGUCCUGGCGUGGCCCCGGUACUGAGCUGCGCGCCAACCCCCGCGGGGCUGGCGCUCCAGCUGCGGCGGUCCGCCGUCUUCGAGCGCGUCCUCGGCGCCGUGGCCGCCUAUGCCGCGCCCACCGUCCCCGCCGCCCCGGGCCCGCGCGUCGUCCUGCACUGCCCGGCGCUGCGCGGCAGCCCCUGCGCCCUCCGCCUGAGCCAGCUGCGUGCCGUGCUCGUGGCCGACCACCUGGCGCGAGCUUUGCACGCUCACAGGGUGAGUGUGCGCCUAGUGCCCGCUGUGCGGGACCCGCACAUGCCGACCUUCCUGCAGCAGCUGCGGGUGGAAUGGCCCGCGGCCUCAGAGAGAGCCGCGACCGAAGCCCUAAGGAGCCGCGCGCUUGCAGAGCUCACCCCUGCCCGUAACGCGGAAGCCCUGCCCCCUGGCGCCCUGGGCCGAGUGUACUUGAAGGAGCUGGUGGACGAACGGGGACGCACAACUGGCUAUGACCCCAAGCUGGACAGCUGUCUGGUGACAGAGGAUCUGCUCGCUGUGCUGGCAGAGCUGCAGCAGGCUGUGCAGGAUUGGGCUGAGGACAGCUCUCUAGGCCUGGCUGCGGCCCCAGAUGCUGGUGCAGAUAGCUGCAUGGUUGUACACGUGGUGAGCUGUGAGGAGGAGUUCCAGCAACAGAAGUUGGACCUGCUUUGGUGGAAGUUGGAUGACCAGGCUCCUCUCAGACAGAAGCACCUGGUCUGUGGCCCAGUGAAAGUAGCUGGUGCACCUGGCACCCUGACUGCCCCCGAGUACUACGAGCUCCGGCAUGCCCAGGUGUGCAAGGCCUCAGCACUGAAGCGCGGUAGGGACCUGGCACAAGACUCAGCCUGGAUGGAAAUCUUCAGGGUUCUCUCUGUGGCAACCAUUAAGUUUGAGAUGCUCAGCACAGCCCCACAAAGUCAGCUUCUCUUGGCCCUGGCCGACAGCAGCAUUUCCACAAAGGGCACCAAAAGUGGCACCUUUGUCAUGUAUAAUUGUGCACGUCUUGCCACACUCUUUGAGAGUUACAAGUGCAGCAUGGAACAAGGUCUGUACCCCACUUUCCCACCUGUGAGCAGUCUGGAUUUCUCUCUGCUACAUGAUGAGCACCCUUCUCCCCCACAGGGUGAGUGGUUGCUGCUCUUCAACAGCAUCCUCCCCUUCCCAGACAUGCUGAGCCAGACAGCAGCCCUACCCUGCACAGCCCCAGGGCUCCACAUCACUGCACGCACAGAGAUGGUGUGCAAGUUCCUGGUACAGCUCAGCAUGGAUUUCAGCUCAUACUAUAACCGGGUACACAUCCUAGGGGAGCCUCGACCACACUUGUUUGGUCAAAUGUUUGCCCGUCUGCAGCUUCUGCGGGCUGUGCGUGAAGUGCUCCACACCGGGCUGGCCAUGCUGGGUCUCCCUCCACUGAGUCACAUCUAAGGCCACAGAGGCCCCAAUAUCUGGGAAUGUCCACAAAGUCAUCAACUGAAAGGGAAAAAACCCACAGAUUUUGUUAGAGACUCGGAGCCAAAAUAAAUUGCUUCUGUGACAAA